UAUGUCAUGAUUCAACUAUUUGUAACCAUUUGAAUCGCGUUCAAUAACGAACUUUUAUUUUGAAAGUGAAACCUCAAAUUCAACUAUUGUGGCUGAUCUUUAUUGUGGCUAGCUUCACAUAGGUUAGAUUCUUUUGACGAUAAUAAGGUUCCAGCUCAGUCGCAGUUGAGAUGGACUCGUCUAUGUACCUGUAUGAUGUUCCCCCAGUUUUGAUGGAGAAGUUUUGUAAGAUAAUCGACAGCGGUGAUGACAGCCUCGGAUGGCGAGGGCUCGCGGCGCGUAUCGUGCCAAGUUGGACGGAGGUGCGACGCGCCGAGAGGCUGGAGGCAAUAGGCAAGAGCCCCACGCGAGAACUCAUCUGGUCGUGGGCGCAACAGAACAAAACUGUUGGGGACCUUGUGAAGGUGUUGGAGGAUAUGGGUCACUACAGAGCUCUACAGCUCUUUAUUCCUCAAGAAACACAGCAUUCCUUCCCCAACAGUGGACCAUCAAAGAGCAGCAGGGAUAACCCCUCCCCUCCUCAGUUACCCACGCCACCCCAACCUGCCAGCGAGUCGACCCAACCUGGUUGGAACCAGUCUCAUGAUCCUGUUUCAAGUGAAGGUAGAAACCACAGGCUUGUGAUCACCUACUCAGACGUCAUAGAGGGAACUAGACAUUUUCACCAGGACAUGAAGAUCUCUGAGGGCAGCUUCUCUGCUGUCUACAGAGUGAUAAAGGGAAAUGAAACCUUCGCUGUCAAGCUCUUCAAGCAGGUGCAGAAAGCCUCAUGGAGGAAGUUGUGGGAUCUAUUCAGGAGAGAGAUGGAAGUUCAUCAUCUCUACCAGCAUCCUAACAUCUUAGAGCUGUUGGGUUGUUACUCUGAUGGGGAUCGUUACUGGCUGGUAUACCCUUACCUUCCCAACGGAUCACUGUUCCACAGACUGCAUGACCAGGUGAGAUAUUCUAUUCUAUACCCCUUAUCUUCCCAACGCAGGAGCGUGGUCAUCAAGGGACAGGCUGUACAUCACCUGGCUCAGCCCUGCACUGUGGUCUGUGGGAACAUCACAAGUUCUAACAUACUGCUGGACGAGCGGCUGCAGCCCAAGCUGUCUGAUUUUGGGACGGCCCGUCUCAGACCCCACUCCGUCAGUCAGAGCUGCACCGUUACCUUGGAUACGACCUUCGGAACCCUGGGCUACCUGCCGGAGGAAUACAUACGAGACGGAAAGCUGUCUGUCAGUCUGGACGUGUUCAGCUUGGGAGUGGUUAUAAUGGAAAUGAUAACGGGACGGAAAGCUAGAGAGGAGACUCCUAAACACACCCUGCUGAGAAACGUCCUACGUGGAGAGGUAGAGGACACUGGCAGUGUAGACUCCUGUCUUCAGUAUCUGGACCCGAGAGCUGGUCUUUGUCCCCACUCUAUGUCCUUUACCUUGUUGCGUCUAGCCCUGGACUGCACCUCUACACGACCACGCAACAGACCCACCAUGGAGAAUGUGUUACAGGUAUUGAGCCAGCUGCUUCCCCUGCCGUGCCCACCUGAAGACCAGCCCCACACGCUGACCGACGAGGCCCCAGCUCCCCCUGCCUCUCCUGCCCAGACGGGACAGGGCCCCAGCUCCAACCCCAGCCCCAGUGUGCCUGUGGAGGAUGAUGAGCUGCACAGUUACCCCGUUGAGAACCCACAGCCAGCUCCAGCUCAGGGAGGGCCCUGUGAGUGUAGCCAGUCAGAGGUCACCUAUCUGGGCAGUGGGGAGCGGAGCAGACACCUGUCACUGGAGGCUGGGGAAAGAGCAGCGCUAGGGGCUGAUGAGGCUGACCAGAGCCUACAGACCAAUGGAGAGCCAGUGGAUCUUUACGGUAGCUGGCCAGUCCAAUGUAGCUGUUCAGCUGAGGUGAAUGGACUGGGCUGUGAGGACUGUAGAGCCAAUGGGUUUACUCCCUGCCCCUCAGACCUCCCUCAAGGUGACCUCAGCUUCUCUUCCCUCCGUAUAGUGGACAACCCUGCCAAGCAGAGAAUGAUGAAUAAGAUUGAUCUGUACAACAGAGGCCUCCUCAGAACAGAGACAAAGCUCCAACUCUCUGUCUCCAUGACCACCCAGGAGUGACAAAGCUACAGAGGAACAACUCUCUGUCUCCAUGACCACCCAGGAGUGACAAAGCUACAGAGGAACAACUCUCUGUCUCCAUGACCACCCAGGAGUGACAAAGCUACAGAGGAACAACUCUCUGUCUCCAUGACCACCCAGGAGUGACAAAGCUACAGAGGAACAACUCUCUGUCUCCAUGACCACCCAGGAGUGACAAAGCUACAGAGGAACAACUCUCUGUCUCCAUGACCACCCAGGAGUGACAAAGCUACAGAGGAACAACUCUCUGUCUCCAUGACCACCCAGGAGUGACAAAGCUACAGAGGAACAACUCUCUGUCUCCAUGACCACCCAGGAGUGACAAAGCUGAUCUAGGAUCUGCUUGCCCUCCCCGAAUCCUAAUCUUAACCAUUAGAGGUUAAAAACACAAAACAGACCCCAGACCAGCAUCUAGGGCAACUUCACUACUCUAAAUGACACAUGCAUACAGUACAUAGCCUGCUGUGAGAGAGGGUUAACUUAUCCAUAUGUCUGACUUAGUCAUUGCUGGCCCUGGUUAAAUGACCUGGCUCUGGUUAAAUGGCCUGGCCACUCAGCCACAUGAUACUGUAGAUGGUUUCAAAUCUCCCUUUCUCUAAAUGACUGUAUGGAUCUGGGCUGGUUUCCCAAAAAGCAUCGUAGCACUAUGAUAAUCUUUCGUCCAUUUAGUUUCAAUGGAAUUAAAGUUAGUGCUACGAUGCUUUUAGGAAAUCCAGCCCUGCUAUGUGACGAGACGUGAUGUUCAUUUGGUUGAAUGAAAGCAAUCUAUGUCCUUCGUUGUCAGUAAAUUAUGCUAAAAAAUAUAUUCUUGUAGAAAGGUAUUUAUUAUCUGCUGACAGAUUCCAUUUUAUAUUUCUUAUUUAUAAAAUUAGGAUAUGAUUUAUACAGUACUUCUAUAAUAAAAACAUUUUAUAAAGUUCAUUUAAAAUGAUGGGUUCAUGCAAAAAUGUUAGCGUGUAGAAACAGUGGGAAACUAAACCUUGUCCAAAGGCCGCUGACAUGGUAAGGAAACCAAUGUGUCAUUUUGUCAUUUGGGUCAACUAUCCCUUUACUUAUGUUUUGUAAGAUGACUUUACAUUUUUUCAUGCCUUUUAUUAAUAAAAUAAGAUUGACAAUG